UCGAAAUUUUUUUUUCAGCAAAAAGAAGUCGAACUCUAUAAAUACCUACAGGAUGUGGUUUCAUUUCUAGAAAAAGAUCCGAAAUUCGUUGAAUCAGCUAGAAAUUUAUCGCCAGAAGAAAUAAAGUCGGGCAAAAUUGCUGAUGCACUGGAAGUGCUGUCGCCUCAUGUGCUUGAAAAAUUAAAAGAACUAAAAAAUCAAGAAAUUCAGAGAAUUCGGCGUGAAAUCACGAAACAAAUAGAACUCGAUGGCGGCGCACACAAUAUAAAACUGCCAGAGCAUUUGGAUAUAACUGAUGAAAAUUUCACUAAAGACGAUCUUCGAAAAUUGAUUAAAACUCUUCAUCGAAUAGAUGAAAUUGAAGAAAAGCGUAAGGAAGCAUAUAAAAAUUACGAAAUGGAGAAAAAAGCGAAGAUCGAUCACAAAUUGAAAACGAUGACACCUGAAGAAAGAAAGGAAUUCGAAACCGAACUGGAAAAGCAGAUGCAAAGAAAAAAAGAAGAAGAAUUGAAACAUCCGGGUAGUCACGAUCAAUUGGUAGAUGUUUGGGAAAAAGAAGAUCAAAUGCGCAAAGAAGAUUAUAAUUCUAAAACAUUUUUUGCGUUGCAUGAUACAAAUGGUGAUGGAUUUUGGAAUAAUGGGGAAAUUAUGGCUUUUUUAGAAGUUGAGCUUGAUAAGCUUUAUAAUAGCUCGGAACCAGGCUAUGAUCCGGUGGAAAAUUUCAGAGAGGAAGAAAAACUUCGUAUGUUAAAUCACAUAUUAAAACAAUUGGAUAAAAAUGGGGAUUCCCUUGUGUCACUGCAAGAGUUUCUAGAAGAUGCACAGGCACAAGGCGCAAGCAAACCAGAUGAUUGGAAGGAUAAUUAUGAUGAGCAAGUCUAUUCUCCUGAAGAGCUUCAAAAAUUUGAAAUGGAAUAUGCUCAACAGCAAGGUUGGAGUGACUUUGUUGAUCCAACGACAGUGCCAGUGUCUACUGCUGCGACAAGUUGA